AUGAGUCCGGUGCUGAUUGGUCUAAGCGAGAAGAGGCGUGACGCGCUACCGUAUCGCCGCGCAGCGGCUCGUCACCGACAACUAACCAGCUCGGACGAAGAUUGUCCACAACGUGAACUUCGACUUCCACCCAGCAGCUCUCGACAUCAUCCUUACGCUAACCCUGAUCCCCGGGAUGAUAGCCAAAUUCGACGCUACAGAACAGCAUUUUCACGGGAGCAGAUUGGUCGAUUGGAGCGCGAAUUUGCAAAGGAGAAUUAUGUGUCACGAAAAACGAGAGGUGAAUUGGCUGCGGAGCUAAACCUUCCAGAAGGAACUAUCAAGGUAUGGUUUCAAAAUCGACGAAUGAAGGAUAAACGUCAAAAAGUCGGUGGAAUUGCUUGGCCAUUGAUUCCACCACAACUUGCCUACCUUAUGCACCCAUUCGGUUACGAUAUGUGGGCAAAGUCUGCGUUUGCGUACCCACCCGGUUCAAUGCUGCCACAACGGAUGCCAACGAUCCCAUUUCCAAUGCCAAAUGAAAUGUUGAAAACUCCAACUGAGGAGCCAUGUGACGACGUGAAGCCAAUUACAAUCGCUACAGCUCUUGAGCUGACCACUCCCGGUGCACCGACAGAAACUUCAUAA